AUGAACGCUGCUGCAUUGAAGGCACACAAGUUGUCCCUUGACAACGGUCGUGUCUACAAAUGGAAGAAUGUUUCGGCACACGAUGACAUUCAGGCCAUGAUUGCUGAAGGCUACAAGAAGCCACCACCCAAGGUUCCCACGAAGAAGAAAGGUGACCCUACGCCACCUGAUGAUGAUAACUCAAAGUCCCUUCCUCCUUUCAUUUGUCAUUUCAAACAACCUGCCUCUGAAGGAGGAGCCACUUACCUUGUUGGAGACACCAAGAAGUACAAGAAUACCACUUGGUACUUCUGUGAUCGUCCCAACCAUCGUGAGAGAGUCAAAUGGCACACUCACAAGGCCACCAAAUGUUGCACUCGGCUCAAGUGGAAGGAAGACAACAACAACACCACUAAUGAUGAUGGAACAGCUGCAGCCGGAACUGAGACUGAACCGACUGACGACUCUACGACUACAGGAGGAGGAGCUCCAUCUCGGAACCUCCAAGCUUUGCUUGCUAAUGCUAUGAGUAUGGUCGCUUCUGGCAAUGACAAAUUGGCCAACUUCCUUGGUGAGGCAAUGGCAGCAGCCUCCGCCAACAAUUGA